GUAAUUUAGCAAAAAAAAUUUGUCUUCAGGUAACAGCUGUGACCUUUAACGACACAUCAGAACAAGUUAUCUCCGGUGGUGUUGACAAUGAUAUGAAGGUCUGGGACUUGAGAAAGAAUGGUUUACUUUACCGGAUGCGUGGCCAUAACGAUACAGUGACUGGGCUCAGCCUCUCUCCAGAUGGCUCUUAUGUGCUCUCAAAUGCUAUGGACAACACUGUCAGAAUAUGGGAUGUGCGGCCAUUUGCUCCACAAGAACGCUGUGUAAAGAUUUUCCAAGGACACCAGCACAACUUUGAAAAUAUAUUAUUACGUUGUUCUUGGUCUCCUGAUGGGCGUCGUAUAUCGGCUGGAUCAUCUGACCGUCAUGCUUACAUUUGGGACACUACUACAAGACAUAUCCUUUACAAGCUACCAGGACAUAAUGGUUCUGUAAAUACUGUUGAGUUUCAUCCAAAAGAACCAAUAAUUAUGUCUGUAUCAAAUGAUAAACAAAUCUUCCUGGGAGAAAUUGAAUAAGCACCGUCUUAUGAUAGCUGAGAAAGUGUCAAGACUGCCGCUCACCAAAUAAUAAUAAGAGAAGAAAUUAAUUGAAGGAAUGCAUGUCAUAUCCAUCUAUCAAAGUUUGGAGGCUGGAGAUAGCAUGUUAAUUUGUGAGGAGUGUAUAGAGAGAAUUCAAGUUUUUCCAUAAGAAAAUUAUGUAUAUACAUUAUAUGGACUUUCAGCUUGGUGUCUGAGUUUUCAUAACUGUAAACAGUAUAGUUACUGUAUCUACAAAAUUUUUUGUUUUGACGGACGAUGAAAUUUUUGAAUGAAAUCUGUGUAUGAUAUAUUGUAGUACAGUACUACCUGUAUACUGUAAUAUUAAAAUUGUUUGAAUAUGUAUUGUGUUUGCACUUUUUGUUUCAUAUUGCAAGUUACUUGAAAAGUUGAACAAGUAUUGACAUUGAGAGAAAUAAGGAAUAAAUUUUUAACCAUAAAACUUUCACCACAUUAUAAUUUAAGAAUGUCACUUGUCAUGAUGACAAUGAAUACAUGUUUAAGCUCCAGUAUUAUAUUGUGCUGUAUACAAGUCACUUUAGAUAAAAUAUGAGAGAAGAUGCCAUGGGUCCCUGAAUACUUUACAUCAAUCAAGUAACUUGGGAGGUCUCCAUGAUAUUAAUGAAGUCAGUAAAUGAAAGUGUGCAUAUUUUUCAAUCAAUCAUUAGCUCUUGAUUACACAAAUUUAAAUGUCAUAUUGCAAUUGAAAUGAAAGUUCAUUCAUAUUUUUUGUGCUAAAAUUCAUUAUGUAUGAUAGAGGAAUUUGUUCAUUAGUUUAUUAAAUUUUAUAAAAUACUACUAUCUUAA